AUGAAAUGCAAACCAACACAAAAAAUAUCCAGAAAUAUAACCACUUUGACCUCAACAAAUAGACCCCCUCUUGGGUUUACCAUAACUCAAGUUUAUGAAGAAACCACCAAAAAUAAACACUCCAGUCAAACAGCAUUGCAAACAUCCAAGUGCACAACUCUAUUGGAAACACAUCGCAACCUUCCCCCCAACAGGCCUACCCUCAGAAACACCAGGUGUCCGUCAUUCCCAGAAUCAACCAGCAUGUCAGAAAAAGCAAUUCUCAAAACCCAAAAAUUAUUUGAUCAUGUAACUAGUCAGCCACAAACCUACAAGACAUCCCACAUCACAACCAAAUGCCCAUCUUUCAACAGAAAAUCUGAAAGGCCACAAACCAGCAAUACAUCUCUCAGAACAAGCAGAUGCCCUUUGGCCAAGGGAACAACCACCCAUAAACCAAUGGGUACAAUACUCACAAAGACAACCAGCAUUCCAGCAAUGCACAAAGACAUACUCAGAACAACUAGGUGCCCAUAUUCCAGGGAAACAACUAACAUCCUUCUAACCAAUGAAGCGACCCUGACCACAACCAGCAUCUUGCCAUCCUCAAAACAAGAAUCAGUCCUUCAAAAAAACAGCGUAAACCUGAGACUGAGACCUCAAAAAACAACCAGCCGGCCACCAAGGAACUCUUCAACCAUCCAUUCUCAAACUACAAGUGAGAGGCACACAGCUCUUUGCUUUAAGCGUAAGUUAAAUUUAUUUUUUUACAUUUUAUAUAAGUUUUAUUUCUUUGGUGUUUGGUUUAGAUUGCUGGACAGAGUGGUUUGACCGGGACAAUCCAAGUGGCACUGGAGACUGGGAGACCCUUGGUGACCUGUGGAGGGAAAAUCCAGGGAAGAUCUGCAACAUGCCACUUCAAAUUGAAGUCCAGACUGUAACAGGACUCAGUGUCACUCUCACAGGAAAUGUGAUUACAGUGUAAGUGCUGGACCAACAACCUCAGCCCAAUUUUCAUGUUUUAUUCAUAAUUUCUCAGAAUUUAUGAUAUAUGGAAUGUAAAGAAUCUCUUUUUCCUUUGCUACUACUUGAUUUUUUAAAAUCAUUUUUAACUUGCCCCAUCUGAUAAGCUUCUUAUUUGGGCUAAUGUCACAGAAUAUUAAUCACGUAGAUCAGUGAGCUAUUUCCUUACCCAAACAGGAAGUUUUACUACUUGAGCAUCAGUCUUAACUCUAAACUGGUUUGGUAGUUUCCUGAUUUAGUUUUCUUUCUUUCUGACCACAGAGCUGACACAACCACAGGAUUCAUCUGUAAAAACUCAGACCAGACGAACGGCACCUGUCAUGACUACCGUGUCCGUUUCAUGUGCCCAACUGACUUCUGCAUUAAAAAUGAUAACCUUACAACCCAUAUAACAACCACUAACCUACCAACCAAAGCACCAGAAAGUAUCCAGCAGAUAAACAACUAUCCCACAGACACUCGUAAGUAACCCACUAUGCCACAAUUUUAUGAUGAUUGAAUGUUCAUGAAGCCACCAUGAUAAGACUUAUACUGAUUCUGAAAACAAUUAUUUCUCAAAAACAGGAGAAAUACCUUCCUGGCUUCAGUUUAAUUUCAGUGUUAAUUAAGUGACAUGUUGUGUCUCUCUGAUAAAAAAAUAAUAAUAAUAAUAGUAAUUUUUUAUCCUUUCCUGGUGACUACUUCAGAUUGCUGGACAGACUGGUUUGAUCGAGAUGACCCCUGUGGAACUGGAGACUUUGAGAGCCUGAGUGUUCUGCAAUAUGAAAACCCAGGAAAGAUCUGCAAUAAACCACUUCAGAUUGAGGUCCAGACUACAGCUGGACUCAGUGUUGCUGCAACAGGAGAUGUAAUUGAUGUGUAAGUGCUAAACUGAAUCACUUAGCUCUUUAUAUAUGUUUACAGUAAUUUCUUGUUUUUUUAUGCGUAGUGCAUCUGGAAAUACAGUUUAUUUCCUCAUUGUGUUCUUGAAACAAGCACUAGGCCCCUUUUAUGCAGAUACUGCACAGACAUAACAAGGAUGGGCUGCAUGUGUAAACGCAAACAGCUAAAUCCUGCCUACCCAAGGACUUUUCUCCUGAAGCAUCCAAUAAAAUAUCUGAGAUAGCUGAGGGUUUUUUUAUGUAUGAACAUGGCAGGUAGGCUGGAAAAUUCUCAGUGAGUAAGUGGAUGGGGAAAUGACAUUGCUUACAUUGAGCUGAGUUUGUUUGUAAUGUAGUCUUCAUACUAUUAGAGUGAAACGAACACAGAAACAGCCCCCACAACUAAAGGUUCACCUUCCUCCUUCUGAAUGUCCCCCUGGCGUACCAUUUUAAGUCUGACAAUCUCUCACUGUGUGAGAUGUGUAGAAGGCGGUUCUGGUUUAAUGUCUGAGAUUUUCUGGAGGUCAUUUAUGCUUCAUUAGAGCUCCGUAUGAUGUCCUCUUUUGUUUUCUUUUUCGCUCAUGUCCCACCUGAGAUGAGAAUGACUGGAUUAUUGUAACAAUUAUCAUUUGGUCUUUUAUAGAGCUGAUGUAACCACAGGAUUCAUCUGCAAAAAUUCAGACCAGACGAACGGCACCUGUCAUGACUAUCGUGUCCGCUUCAUGUGCUCACCCAACUUCUGCAGUCAAGAAGGUACAAAUAUGCCAACUUUAAAAAUAUGUUUAUUACCCUGCUGUCAGUGUAAUUUGUUAACUUUCUUACUCACUUUCUAAUUUACUCCUCAAUCUCAUAAUUUUUCGGCUAGUUUGUUGGACCAAGUGGUUUGACCGUGACAAUCCCAGUGGUAUUGGAGACUUGGAGCUCCUCAGAAACCUGAAAAAAGAGAAUCCAGGAGAAAUCUGUGAAAGCCCUCUUUACAUUGAUGUCUCAACGACUGACACAAACACCACCGCCAUUUCCACCGGGCAAUCAUUUCACAUGUAAGCUUCUGUCUACACACUCUACUCCCAAAGCUCACAAAGUAACUUGUCACAGACCUGUGAAUUUUAAAUAUUCCAUGAACUAAAACAAUUGUUGCUCUUUGACUUUUCUGCUGUAAUUCUUAUUCCAUAAGUUGUUUGAUGCUAAGGGCCAUUUGUAGCUUCUUAGAGGAUAGAUGGGGAAGGAUGGGUGAAUGAAUGAGGCUCCCUGAUUUCUCAGCUUUUUCUCAUGCAAAUAUCUUUGAAAUAAAAGACCGACAUUGAUUUUGUAAUGAAACAUAAGCUGUCUUAUUUUUUGUUUAAUAAUGGGGUUUAAGACAUCAGACAGGAUUUGUUCUGUUUAACUUUUUUAACGGUGUCAUCAAGCUUUAUGUGAAUAUUUUCCACAGGAAUUUCAAACAAAAGCACCAAACCAAAGCUUCACUUAAUACCUCAAAAUAUUUUUUUUCUUCAGCUACAGCCCAACUGAAGGAUUUGUCUGUCGCAACCGAGACCAGAGCAGAGGCCGCUGCCAGGAUUACCAAGUGCGCUUUGGAUGCCCAUGCCCAUGCAAGGAUAAAUAA